AUGGGAAACAAGGCAAGGAGCAAGAAGGCACCAAGCAAAGGGAAGGGCAAUGGAAGCAAGAAGAAGAUAGCUUCAACCACUGAAACACCAGCAAAGCCCCCACCAAGACAAACCCGGGAGUCUCGGAGAAAGGAAAAGGUAUAUGAUGAUGAUUCAAGUGUGAGCAGUGAUGAGGACCUUGAGCGCAACGAGGAUGAGGAUGAUGAGUCCUGUCUGUCUCCUUCACCUAACGCCAGUAGUGGGACUACGACCUCACCAAGAACCGCAACUGCAACCACAGCUAAUGAAACAACAACUCCAACAAGAGGAGCUGCGGCAGCUAAUGCUUUUGAAGCCAGGUUCCAGCACAUGGAGAAUCUUCUGGAAAGAUUUUUCAGGCACAAGGAAGACAACUGCCGUGUCAGGUGGUUCCAAGAACAGUGA